UUUGGUGAUUUUUCAGAAUUUUGCCGCCCAAAAAGGAAUUAAAGAGAAAAGGAAAAAAAAAAAAGGUUUCGCAGAUUCAGAGAAAGCAAAAAGAGAAGUAGCGAGAAUGAGCAGCACCAGUCAGAAGAGGAAGAAGAUACAGAAGAAAUUCAAAAACAGAGGCUACAACCUCAAAUUCGAUGCCUUAGACGAGAUUCUCGUUUUCGCCGAUCAAUUUCCCGACGACGCUGACGGAGAAGCUAUCGAUCUUCUCCUCGAUAACCUCCAGGAAUCGCAUAAAUCUUCCACUGUCGACGCGGAAUCAGUUCGAGGAUUGAUAAACCAGUUGUUGGGAGCUCAUAACGCGCCGGAAGAACCUACAACAUCUGCUUCUUCCUUGGCCGUCAUCGACGCCUUUCUGAUUCCAAAGUUUGGAUAUGAUUCCGUUAAAAAAAAGUUCAAUGAGCAUACGAGUAGCCUGCCUAUUCAUGGUGAGGCUUCUGCAAAAACAGCAUUAUACAGGGAGCGAUUCAUGUUGCUGUCGCAGAGAGUUUCUCGCGCAGAGCAUUUUUCUAGGCCAGCAUUUGAUGCUGAAAUGUCGCAGUUUGAGAACAAUGAGAUAUCUUCAAUCCAGUCUCUAAUUUCUCAAAGGGGAAGGAAAUGGGUGAUGGGAGUUAUAUCACAGUUAGAAGAUGGACAUUUCUACCUGGAGGACCUUUCAGCUUCUGUAGAGAUUGAUCUGUCCAAAGCAAAGAUAACAACAGGAUUCUUCACAGAGAAUACUAUAAUUUUGGCAGAAGGUGAAAUGCAGGUGAACGGUAUCUUUCAGGUGAUUACAUGCGGAUUUCCUCCUUUAGAAGACAGGGACAAAACUCUAAAGGCACAUUCUGAAUACGACUUCUUUGGAGGCGGCACACUAACUAAAGAAGAGACGAUUAGACUUGCAGACCUCGAAAGACAAGCGGUGAGUGACACAUUUGUCAUAUUGUCUGACAUAUGGUUGGACGACGAAGAGGUUAUCAGGAAGCUGGAAACUGUUCUUGACGGUUUUGAAAGUGUGGAGACAGUACCGUCCUUGUUUGUUUUUAUGGGAAACUUUUGUUCUCGCCCAUGCAACUUAUCCUUUGGUUCGUAUUCAAGCCUUAGGGAGCAGUUUGGUAAACUUGGGAGAAUGAUUGGAAAUCAUCCACGGCUAAAAGAAAAUAGUCGGUUUUUAUUCAUUCCAGGUCCUGGGGACGCAGGUCCCUCAACAGUCUUGCCAAGAUGCGCUUUACCGAACUAUUUAACUGAAGAGCUUCGAAACAUUAUUCCCAAUGCAAUAUUUUCAAGCAAUCCUUGCAGAGUAAAGUUCUAUAACCAAGAGAUUGUGUUCUUCCGACAAGAUCUUUUGUAUCGGAUGCGUCGUUCAUGCUUAGUAGCCCCUUCCACAGAAGAAACCAAGGACCCUUUUAAGCAUCUUGUCUACACAAUAACACAUCAGAGCCAUCUAUGUCCUCUACCUCUCAUGGUGCAACCCAUCAUUUGGAACUACGAUCACUCUCUUCGACUGUACCCAACUCCUCAUACGAUAGUAUUAGGUGACAAGAGUGAGCAAAAUGUGUGCAAAUUUGGGGGAACAACAUGUUUCAAUCCAGGCUCCUUUUCAACUGAUAGCACCUUCGUAGCUUAUCGACCGUCCACUCAAGAAGUCGAACUCUCUGCUUUGUGAUUCUUUUUAACAAUUUCUCCGAGAAGAUCAAUUGAGUGCCAUUUUUACCAUACAAGCCUGAGCUUAAAAGGUAUAAAGAAAGAGUGAAAAAAACAUAUACUUCAUUCCCUAUUCUUUGCUUCUACUUCUUGUAACCAAGUAUUCUCUGUGUGUCUUAAUGUAACCAAAUCUUAGUCAUAAAUUAAUAAUUCAGAGAAGGGUCGAUCUAAA